UGCCACUACAAUAGCCAAUCGCCAAACUAUCCAUUUUAGUGGUCAUUUGAAGCCGCCAAACCGCCACUUUGGUAAAAGAUCGCCAUGCCUGGCAACGCUGCCGGUGGCGAUAUACUCUCAUUAUGGGAUACCUCGUAGCAACUUUACCACAGUUACUUAUCUGCCAGGAAGAAACGACAUCAGCAAUAGAAUAUAGUGUGAGCAGCAGUAGUAGUACAAGCAUAGGUAUCGAAAAACACAUAAAUGCACCGGAUCCAAAAUCACAUGAAACCGCAGCUUUGCUCAAGGACAACAAUCAGACGAGAGAUGGAAUAGAUGUGCUUGUCCAAGAAGCUAAUUCCCCAGAAUCGGUAGUUUAUCUGGGCCAGGACACAGAUUACGUACAAGUGCCAGCAGUUAGAAACCGAAAUCAAGCACCUGUCGAUAACGAUGAACUGGAUUGGCAGCAUCCCCUAGAUACAUGGGACCGGGAGUAUAGAAGAGUUAGGUUCAACAACACAAGGGUACAACAUAUUGAAGCUGAAUGCCAAGAUGAUUACAUGAAGAUACGAGUGGGCUUUAACGGUACAUUCACUGGUUUAGUUUAUUCAGCUGGAUAUGCGUAUGAUCCUGAUUGUCUGUAUAUAAACGGAUCUGGCAGAGAUUAUUACGAAUUUUAUAUUCAGCUAAAUCGUUGUGGAACAUUAGGAAAAAAUACGCACAAUGAAGAUAGUCGAAAAAAUCCAACGAAAAACUUUAUGUGGAAUACAGUUACAGUUCAGUAUAAUCCAUUAAUAGAAGAAGAAUUCGAUGAACAUUUUAAAGUCACAUGUGAAUAUGGUUACGAUUUCUGGAAAACGGUGACGUUUCCUUUUUUAGACAUUGAAGUGGCAACAGGAAACCCAGUGGUCUUCACUUUAACUCCUCCAGAAUGUUACAUGGAAAUAAGAUAUGGCUAUGGCACAACAGGCAACAGAGUUUCUGGUCCAGUGAGAGUUGGAGACCCUCUGACACUGAUGAUCUACAUGCGUAGCAAAUACGACGGCUUCGAUAUUGUGGUGAACGACUGUUAUGCGCAUAAUGGAGCUACGAAGAAAAUUCAACUAAUUGAUGAAUACGGGUGUCCUGUAGAUGACAAGUUGAUAUCAAGAUUUCGAGGAUCGUGGUCCGAAUCGGGACUUUUCGAAACACAAGUUUUCGCCUACAUGAAAACAUUCAGGUUCACAGGAUCUCCAGCGUUGUAUAUCGAGUGUGACGUCAGAAUGUGUCAUGGGCGAUGUCCGAAUCAACCGUGUCAUUGGAGGAACGUGAAGAAUGUAAGGAAAAGAUCCAUCGAGAGCCAAACCUCAACAACUAUAGCUCCUAAAAUAGCUCCCUUAUCAGAAAAUGUCAACCUUUUCCAGUCCCUUCGGGUACUACAGGAGGGAGAGACUGAUGAAGAGAAAAACGUUACAAUUACGAGUGCUUUCACAGACCCAGGCAACGUCUGCUUAAAAACAGGCUGGUUCUCAGCGUUGCUAGCCAUGGGUGGUGGCAUAAUGUGCCUGCUGAGCGGAGCCCUACUGGCCACGUGCAGUCGAAUGCGCAAAGUUGCCAUAGACAAGGUACUUGCAACCAGUCAGUUCAACGGCUACAUGAACCACAGAGGAAGUAUCAACUGAACUCGAAAUAUCAACGAACAUAUGUGAAGUGUCAUCGAAAAUAUAGACUGUAACGUGAAGAAGUGGAUAUUUCAAAAUCUCCUAUGACUUGAAUUGUCAUAAGUGUAUGUAGGUGUCUGGGCUUACUUAACAGGACGACCCGUAUCAUCAAAAUUUGUCAUUAAAAUUGGGAUAUCUAGGAGUAUAUAUUACAAAAUGAUUUUUUUAGAUUAGCAUUUUGCGAUGAAAUUUGGCUUCUAGAUACGUUACAUUACCCAAAAAUCUGUAUUACUGUGAAAAUGCACAGCUUCUAUAUUUCUGCAAUGCUGGGCGCAAGUACCACUCGAAAAAGAAUGGUUGUGCAAAAAUCAAAUUUUAACAGAUACAUACCUCAAAAGAUAUUUAAUAAACUUGUCAAAAAUUUUAUAAAAAACAUCUACCAAUAUUAUUUUAGUAAGUUCAAGCUGUCUUUAAGUUACUUAUAGCAGCCGCGUUGCCCUGGUAUUUAGGCUACGCGACUACAUCAGUAUAAAAAAUCAGUGUUCUGGUUUGAAAGAACAUCCUCUGGAUAAAAUUUCAAUUUUUGAAUCUGAGAAGCCACAGAAUAUGCUUUGUUCAUAUUAAAUAAUAUGAGGGAAUAAUAAUAUAGAAUGUUUCCAUUAUUUUCUAGAUUUUAAAUGUUCACACACAAGGAGAAUUUGAUAAAUUUGGCAUUUAUAAUUUAUUACUUUAACCUUUUUUUAGCGACCACUAUUCAGUCAUCUUCUCCUGUAUGUGAAUUUUAGGGAUGCUUUGUACAAAUUGUGUGUAUUCUAUAAGCUAGUUUUGUAUGAAGCAUCUGCUACAUCUGUAAAUAAAUAAGUACUCUG